CAGGGAGCUUGCCCAACACGGGAUAGUUCCCACGUCGUGAUGUCUUGUCGGGCGGGUUUCUGCCUUGUGUGGCCCGGUUUGUCUGCGACUUUGCCGGCCGGAAUGCCUGAACUGCCCAAUGGCUGGCUGGCUAUUUAUAAAUAAGGAACGAGGGCUGGAAGCUGCGAUGUUACGCCUCGAGACCAGCCCUGACAUUCCCAAUCGAGGAAUCUAAGCAAGCAUGGCUGCUGCUGCGACUGCGACUGCGACUGCCUCCGACCCUGUAAGUGCCAAUCUGAAGCUCCAUGGCGACAAGCUGCCAGCUGCCGCGACCGAGGAGGCGACUCCGUUCGUGCAUCCCACGGACAUGCUCCCCAACCAGCGCUGGCCCACGACCCAGGACCUUUCGGGUGGCGGCAUGCCUCGCCGCUUCCAAGGCACCAUCUUCGAUCUUGUCGUACGGGGUGACAUUCCCAAAGAGAUUCGAGGCACCUUCUACCGCAUCCUGCCCGACCCCGCCGUGCCACCCACCUAUUACGACUCGGGCAACCGAAACGUGCCCAUCGACGGCGACGGGACCAUCGCCGCUUUUCGCAUCGACAACGGUCACGUUGAUUAUCGCCAGCGAUACGUCGAGACGGACCGCCUGAUCCUCGAGAUGGAUGCGCGCAAGUCUCUCUUUGGAUUGUACAGGAACCCUUAUACCUAUCACCCCUGUGUCCGCAACGCCGUCGAUUCAACGGCCAACACCAACAUCGCCGUCCACGCUGGCAAAUUCUUCGCCAUGAAAGAGUCUGCCCAAGCCUAUGAGCUGGACCCGCACACGUUGGAGACGAAGGGCUACAAUCCGUUCAAGCUGCCUUCGAAGACGAUGACGGCUCACCCCAAGCUCGACGCCGCCACGGGCAACCUCGUGGGUUUUGGCUACGAGGCAAAGGGCCUCGCUUCCAAGGACAUCUACUUCUUCGAACUCGACAAGGACGGCAAGGUCGUCAAUGACUUGUGGUUCGAGGGCAAGGGCUGCUACUUCAUCCACGAUUGCGCACUCACGCAGAACUACCUGUGUCUUAUGGUUUGGCCUUUCGAUGCCGACCUCGAACGAAUGAAGAAGGGCGGUCAUCAUUGGUCCUACAACUACGACCAGCCAGUCUACUGGUAUGUGAUCCCACGGAAGGCAAAGAGCGCCUCCGAGGUCAAGAUGUUCCACUGGGAGAACGGCAUGCCAAUCCACACCUCUUCGGGCUACGAGGACGCACAAGGAAACAUCAUCAUCGAUAGCAGCCUUGUCCAUGGCAACGCCUUCCCCUUCUUCCCUCCUGAUGACCCCGAGCAGGUCAAGAAGGCCGCCUCACUUCCUCCACCAAAGGCUCAAUUUGUGCGCUGGACGAUCGACCCACGCUCCGACCCUGCGCAGAAGCUUCCCACGCCCGAAGUGGUUCUCGACGUCCCCUCCGAGUUUCCACAGAUUGACAAUCGAUUCAUGGGCAAGGAAUUCAGCUCGGCCUUCAUCAACGUCUUUAUGCCCGAAAAGAGCGAUGGCGGCAAAAACGUCUUCCAAGGACUCAACGGCUUGGCCCACUACCAGCGCAAAAAGGGCGGAAAGGUUGACUGGUACUAUGCGGGCGACAAUUGCCUGAUCCAGGAGCCCGUCUUCUGCCCCCGCUCGCCCGAUGCAGAAGAAGGCGAUGGCUUUGUUUUGGCCCUUGUCGACCGGUUGGACCUCAACAGGAACGAGGUCGUAGUCAUCGACACUCGCGACUUUUCCAAGCCAGCCGCAGUCAUCCAGCUACCCUUUGCCAUCCGUUCCGGCGUCCAUGGCCAGUGGAUCGACGCGAGCGUGAUUCCAGACUUUGACACAAAGUCUCAGGUCGACGUGCCAAAAGCCAAUCUGCGGACUAAGCCAGAAGAGUCCGCCUUCAAUCACAUGAAGUAGCUUUUGUUGAUGAGGUGGCCUGUCUCCUCGAGAUCUGUUUAGCGCUUCAUCUAAGUCAAGUAAUGAGAAGAAUACGAGCGCUGGUGUGCAGCU